UAUUUCAUAUUUCAUCGCUAUAAGUUGCUGUCGACGCCACCAAUUUUGUCUGCUAUUCAUGUACGAUCCGCUAUUGGCAAUCUACCCAUAACCAUUAGGAGCUAGACCAAAGAAUAGCACCAUUUUCGAAGGAAGAGGAAAAAGGAAAGUGACGAUGGUGAAUGCAAACCUGCGAUCUAGCUAUAGCCAAAAUAAGGGAACGAAGGAGAGCAGACCUUCAUUCUUUCACAAACCCAGCCAGAAUGAGUGACCACUGCACUUGUCAACGAAAAAUCGCUUUUAACAACUUUUCUUUCGGUGAUGUAUUGGGUAGCGAAGGAAGAAAAGCGCUGAAUGCUUGUGUGAAAGUCAAGAUUUACGGCAAACCAGAAGUUCGGAGAUAUGACAAAUCCACAGCCUCGAAUCGAUUUUACGAUUGUUAUGUUAGGCAGGAGGGACUAAGGUCACCACAUGUUUGGAUCGACUUCGAUGAAAAUACGAAAGCGUACACCAUUGUUGACAUUCACAACGCACUUGUUAAGUGUGAUAACUUGCCUUACGUCGAGAAAUACCCGAAAAGAGAAACCGGCUCUGAUGAGAUAAGAAAGUUGAUUGACAAAAGAAGAGCUGACGUGGAAAGAGAGUGGAAGGAAGCCAAAGCUAAUCCAGAUGGAAGACAGAAAUAUUCUUUGGCUGUUGCCCAGCGCCGAGUGAAAGAUUGUUAUGCAGGAAACUUUCCAUCGAACGAAUGGUUACUUCUUACCUACAGGGAAUCUUUCAGCAUUAAGGACAUUUAUGAUACAGUUCAUCACUUUGAUGAAAGGAGUCUGGAAACAUGCUGUUACUCGAAUAGAGGCAUGUAUGAGCAAAUCAGUGAAUUUAGAGCUGAUGUGGAAACCAAAUGUAACGAAUUUGAUGCUUCUACUGGCACUUGCCACAAAUAUACCAGAGAAGAGGCACAGCAACUUUUGCAAAAAUGUUACUGUGGUAUAGAUGGUCCCAUAUACCCUGAUUGUUAUGGUUGCGGCGCAUGUGCAAAUGAUCCUGAUCGUUUGAUGUGUAUUUUUGACAUUCGUGAUGCUCUUUGCAAAUGUGACAAUAAAAUGGAGCAGCUUCACAAAUACCCUGAACAAGGACCUGGAUCUGAUGAACUAAAGAGAUCAAUUGAUGCACACAGAGCUGACUUGAAAGAGGAGUACGAGAACUCUCUUAAGGGUGGUAAAUCCAGGUCACAAGCUUGCAAGUAUUCACGUAGUGAGGCGGAGCGCCGAGUUAGAGAUUGUUAUGCCAGUGCCUUUACUGGCGAUGUUGACUUAUUUCCCCAAAAGAAAGAUCAGGUUGGAAUGCCAAGGAUUUACCAAACUUUUGAUAUAUUUGACAUAAAAACAUCUCUUGAUUAUUUUGACAGAAAAUUAAUUCUGGAAAGGUAUCCAGACAAAAAACAUAUUACUGAUGAAUUAAAAAGAAAGAUUGAAGAAAACAGAGCUAGCAUUGAAUGUGAGUACAAGGAAGCCACUGCUAUUAAUGAAAUUGAGCAUGGUUCUGGAUUUAUCAUCCAAGAUCACUUUGUACUUACUAACAGGCAUGUGAUUGAAACCUAUCUAGAUGAUGAACAUAGUUAUGAAAUUCGCUUUUCCAAUGAAUCCAUUGGUGAACUGUCAUGCAAGGUUGCUCAUGUUGAUCCAGGUAAAGAUUUGGCAUUACUGUAUUGUCCAGAUCUUAAUUUACAAGAAAGUGGAAUUUGUCCAUUGCAGUUGUCAACCCAGCCAUUGCUGCCAGGAAUGCAGAUAUUUUCUUUUGGUUAUCCCAUGAGUCACACUGAAGAAACUGCUCUUUUUGUGAAUGGAAAUGUCUCUGGUUCAAAGAGGACCUUAUCAGGCCAUUCAAAGGCAGUAUUGAACUGCUCACUGAAUUCUGGCAAUUCAGGGGGUCCAGUUCUGUCUUGGGUAGAUGGUGAGGUAAGGGUAGUUGGCAUUGCAACUCAGAAACAUUUCAAAGAGAUUUUAACACUGGAUGAAAUUAAUACAAUUGAAGAUAUUAGAGAAUCAUUGCAAACCCACACCAUUUCUGAUGUGCAAGAACGUGAUUUAAAUUCCCUGUCUCAUGGAUUCUUUCCUAGAGGAAUCCCCACUUCCUGUCAUAUUUCACUGCAUCUGCUGACAUUAAAACUGUAUGAUGCUUUGGAAACACAUUCUCAAUUCAAUUUAAGUAAUGCAUUACCUGGAGAUUUGGUGGUUGAGUUUAUCAAAAACUUCAUCCCUGAAUGCAAUGGAGAGCAUAAAGAAGAGUUGAUCAAGGUUGUUGAAUUGUCUCAGUGAAUCAAUCAAACAUUUGAUAUUCAAUUUGGAUCCUUUAUGAUUGCAUAUCUAAGUUUUUUUAAGAUUGUUGUUGUGGGACAUAAUUUGUAGUAAAAAAUGAGAAACACUUUUUUAGGAGUAUUAACUGUCCAGAAAUGCCUGUAUUGUUAACAGGCCCUGCUACUUUUAAUGGUUCAUAAUUAUUAUUUGCAUUUGGUUAAGUUUGUUAAUUUUUUGAUAAUUGUCUCUCUCAAAGAUAAAUUAGGUUAAUUAACCCUUUAACUCCUGUGAGUGACCAAGACAGAAUUUCUCCUUACACUAUCAAUACAAAAUCAAUCAAACAAGUGAUGAUAAUAACAAAAAAAAUCAAUCAGGUAAUUAGAAGUUGAUCCAAUACCAAAUUCUCCAAUCUAAAAUUGCAAGAACUGUAUGGCAGACAGUAAAGAGAAUUACUAAUGAGAUCUAGGGAGUUCAAGGGUUAAGCAAUAAUGAACCGUAUGAAGAAACUAUGAACUUUGUGAUAAUGGAUUAUCAUUUUUCAUGCUGAUUUUCUUAAACUAUCAUCAAUUUAGAGUGAGUAUUAUAAAAUAAUUCAAAUAGUACGCAUGCUCUGAUUGGCCAUAGAACCAUUUUACAUGAGCGUAUGUAAACUUGGUUUCGUUCCUCUUUCAUUAGUUAUUUUAUAAAAGAAAUGUAAAAUGGUUUCCGUGUUUACAUAGCCUGAUGUAAACACGUGGGACUCGAUAAGCUGGAAACCAGUCUGCUUCGCGUUGUGGUUUCCUAUGCUUAUCUCAUGUUUUCCCAACCUCCUGCAUGUUUACAUCAGGCUAUGUAAACUCAGAAACCAUUUUACAUUUCUUCAUUAUGUAGUAAUAGUGUUGUUUGGAUUUAUUGAAAUAAUUGUGGGAUACCUUAGGGCUCUUAAAACAUAAAUGUUUUUAAUGUAAAAAGGUAUCUGCCACCUGAUAGUGGUUCAGAAUUUCUAUCAUCUAUGGUGGAAAAAGUCUCACAAUUUUUUGAGAACUCUCAUAGUUAAAAAGACUCUGUUUCAGAGAAGUUUGUUAAAUUUAGCAAAAGGAGGACAAAAACUAUGAAGAAAUUUUGGUAUCACCAAAAAGGGCUACCAUUUUGUAGAGAUAAAUUUAACUUGGACUUCUCCAUUUUUUGUUUUUCAUUUUACUAUAUAUGCAAAGCUUUGCUCUUGGAAAAACUGUUAGGUGCUGUGAGGCACCUUCAAAAUAAUCAGGUGUUGCUCAGAUCUUAAAAGCUAAUAUGAAAGCAGUUAUAAAAGUCUCCUAGAAAUAAAGUUAAUCUCCUCUACCACUUGGGUUCCACCAGAGCACAGCUCCAAACAAGUGUAAUUUAGCCUAUGCAUAUCUUAAGCAUUUCAUAAUUCUUUUUUUAACCUUUAGAUGUAUUUUAGGUGGAUGUAUCAGUGGUU